AGUACGUAGUAUUCGGACUUGUAGGUUCUUUUUGUAUUUUUACGGGAAUUGUCGCUCACCAGUCGCUCUGGAUAUCUAUUUUCGUCACUGCUCGUUUUACGUAUGCGAAAGUGUGAAAAGUACAUUAAUUAAACUUACAUUAAAAACUUAAUGAUAUAAAUGAUUACACGAAAAAACAAUGGUUUAAGUACAAUAGUAGUGGUACGUACAUUGCUAUUCACAUGUUUUUUGCAAUAUGUUCAGAAAAAUAUGUGAUAUUAGGGCAAUUGGGAAGUGUAACCUAAAAUAUGUAGAAGGGAGGAAAGAUUAUUACCGUAUACAAUAAAAUAUUCGAAUUAUAUAAGCAAUACCAAUGAUAUUGUCAUGGAAAGUCAUUCUGUUCAUUACAUGCAAGUAGCUCUUGAUUCUGAUGAUUUGUCAUUAAUCUCAGUUGGGCAAACAAAAUCUUGCAUAGAGAAUGUAAAGAAGAAACAAGAAGCAAUUUUAGGAAGUAAUACUAAAGGUGGCCUAGCCAAUCCUAGAGCAUUACUAUUUUUAAUACUAUGGUACAUAUUCAGUGGAUGUACGCUUUUUUUAAAUAAAUAUAUUCUUUCAUACAUGGAAGGUGACCCAACGAUAUUAGGCGCUUGUCAAAUGUUGAUGACAGCAGUCUGUGGUUUUAUACAAAUGUAUUUUCCUUGUGGUAUGUAUCAAGCAAGUCCUCGCUUAACAAGGCCACCUGGAUUUUAUAAACAUAUGACGUUAGUUGGAUGCACAAGAUUUAUGACUGUAGUUUCAGGAUUAAUUUCAUUGAAUUAUGUUGCUGUGAGUUUUACAGAGACUAUAAAAAGUAGCGCUCCUCUAUUUACUGUUUUUAUUAGCAAAUAUUUAUUAGGUGAACAUACAGGAUUGUAUGUUAACUUAUCAUUAAUUCCAGUUAUGGGUGGCUUAGCUCUUUGUUCAGCGAAUGAAAUAAGCUUUGAUUUGAGAGGAUUUGUCGCUGCUAUGGCUACAAAUUUAACGGAGUGCUUGCAAAAUGUAUAUUCAAAAAUGCUGAUUAGUGGCGAUAGUUUUAAAUACACUCCCGCAGAACUUCAGUUUUAUACGAGUUUAGCAUCGGUGGUAGUACAAAUUCCAGCAUCAAUUUUACUGGUAGAUUUUCCAACGUUAGAGCAUUCCUUCAAUAUGCAUCUUUUAACAGCAUUUAUUUUAAACGGUGUAUUUUUUCAUUUUCAAAGUAUUACAGCAUAUGUACUUAUGGAUUAUAUUAGUCCCAUAACACACAGUGUUGCUAACACUGCAAAAAGAGCUUUUUUAAUUUGGUUAUCUAUACUAUUGUUCAAUAAUCCAGUCACGGGUCUUUCUGCAUUAGGAACAAUUUUAGUAAUAACUGGAGUUCUGCUGUAUAAUAAAGCUCAAGAAUAUGAUAGAGUAAAAAAUAUGAAAUAUAGAUAUACAUCGAAAGUCAAUUUGCAGUGAUUGUUUCAGAAUUUUGUUAUAUCAAUGAAAAAAAAAUUUUCAAAUUAAGAAGAAAUUUAAAAUAGU